AUGACCACCAUGGCGCGAAGCGAGGAAUGGAGGGAGGAGGCAGUGCUUAGGCUUGCAGUUCAAGUGCGAGUCGCCUCUUCUCCGCUGACCUCAAGGUCAUCUGCUGUCACGCCGUGCUAUCCGAACUGCAUUCCCAAGGCAGUGCCCAGCACGCUGCUCAUCGCGCUCGGCGAAGUGACCGUUUGA